AUGGUGGGAAUUGAUUCUGGGUCCGUCCGUUCAACCACGUCGAGGUCACUCAACAGGAGGGUUUCUUUGCUGAGUAUCAGGUCUCAACACGUUGAAGAACACAAUAGACACAUUAUACGACCACCGAAAUUCACCUCCAAGAGCAUCAAGGACUAUUUUGCUUCACGGAUACCUUCCUUGUGGGUCGGAUGGGAUGAGCUUCGCCAGUAUCACUGGCACGAAGUUGUCAACCCUUUCCAACCGUUGGUUGAAAUGAACAAACACCAGUGGAACUAUUUCCUUAUGGCGUUUGGAUGCUGGACCAUGGACGCGUUUGAUUUCUUUUUGACGAGUUUGAACAUUAGGAACUUGGCUAAAUCGUUUGAUAAAUCAACCAAGGAUAUCACGUGGGGUAUCACUUUGGUGUUGAUGUUUCGCACCGUGGGCGCGGUAAUCUUUGGGGUUAUGGGGGAUCAUUAUGGACGCAAGUGGCCCUAUAUCAUUUGCUUGAGUUGUCUCAUCUUGAUUCAGCUAGGCACGGGGUUUGUCACCACGUAUGAACAGUUUUUGGGAGUUCGAUCUUUGUUUGGAGUUGCCAUGGGUGGUGUCUUUGGAAUCUGCGCCGCAGAGGCACUAGGCGAUGCUCCACAAAGAGCACGAGGAGUGCUCUCGGGUAUUUUCCAAGAAGGAUACGCCUUGGGCUAUUUGUUGGCUGUUUGUUUCCAAAGAGCCUUUGACAACACUGAACGCGUUUGGCAAAAUAUGUUCUUUUUCUCAGCUGGUGUCUCUGUCAUAUUUGUUAUUUGGAGAUUAUUUCACCCGGAAACCGAUAAUUAUCAACGCCAAAAGGCCCGUUAUGAAAAAGGGGUUGAGCUGAGGAGCUCUAGUAUGGCCCAUAUCAAAAGCGAAAUCAAGACUGCUUUAAAGACGUACUGGCUCAUUAUCAUCUAUAUGAUUUUGAUGAUGUCCGGUUUCAACUUCUCCUCGCAUGGAUCUCAGGAUCUCUACCCUACUUUGUUGACUGAGCAAUACCACUAUAAUAACAACAAAACCACCGUGGUGAAUGUUUGUGCCAAUUUGGGUGCCUUGUUGGGCGGUGUCGUGAUCUCGCAUGCGUCGACAUUUAUUGGAAGAAGAACUGCGGUAUUGAUUGGCAACAUUAUCGCGGGGGCCAUGAUUUACCCUUGGGCAUUCAAACCCAUGUGGGCCACUGCCUUUUUCAUGCAAUUUGGCAUUCAAGGCUCGUGGUCAGUUGUACCAAUCCACUUGUCUGAAUUGUCUCCGCCUCAGUACAAGGCAUUUGUCAGUGGGGUUGCUUACCAGUUGGGUAACUUGGUUAGUUCGGCAAGUUCGACAAUUGAGGCCACAAUAAACGACACCUUGCAUGAUUAUGGAAAGACAAUGGCCAUUUUCAUUGGAGCUGUUCUCAUUUACUUGAUGAUUGUGAUUUUGCUUGGCCCCGAAAAUAGAAACGCUGACUUGGACGUGGAAAGAGACGAUGUGCUCACCAUCGACGACAUACAGGAGGAGGACGAGGAAAAAGUCCACGAAGUUGGACAUCCAAAGUCUGACGAUUCAUCUGCAUUUGCAGAUGAGUCUUAUGAGAAAGUUGACAUAGAACAUAAGGUCUGA